AUGUUACCAGCAAAAAAUGUCGUCAAAAGUGUUAAUACGGGUAGAAAUUUGGUUAGCCCACUUCGCUCUACCAGUUUGUCUUUUCAUGGUUGCGUUUCACCGCAUAAUGAAGAAACUGCCGGUAGAGAAGCCGAAACGACUUCAAUACUCGACCACCUACAUCGAUGUGAUGUAAAGCUGCCGAUCAAACCUGAGGAGGACGUAGGACCCACUAGUUUGGAUGGCCCAAAGCUUCACAAUUCCGACAAAGAAGCAACGAAUCACUGCACGCCAGCUGAGCAGGGGGAAGGAGGUACUGACACGAAGGUGAUAACGGUGAGAGAAGACAUGUGGCAUAGUAUUCUUCAGAGGUUGAAUGCAUUAGAGGCGGUGGCUUACGAGCAGAAAGUGUGUGCGAACGGCUGGGUAAACCCCAAAGAUCCUUCAGGCCCAACUAUAGUUGAGCACCCGCCUGAGACAAAGAAUAAGAAUCUUGAGAACAGAGAUAAUAUAACGCAAUUGGUGAAUGGGGACUCGUGUAUAAUGAAAAGUGAUUCCUUUCUAAAUACAUCGGCGCGGAGUCUCCGCUCACGCUCAUCGGUAUCCUUAUUGAAUGAGACAAAGUCGCCAGUGGAUUCAUUAUCCCGUGAUGGAGAGACCGGGAAGAGUGACGACACAGAAUACGAGCGUGUGAGGAUCCCCCACAUCGGUCGGUCGCCCAGCUUGCGGCAAAGCUUCUGCAAAGGCAUGACCCUCAGCUCUGUCUCACUCACACUCACUCAAGAAAUUGCUAAGGUUAUGCUCGAGAUGCGCAAGAUUAAAGCACAGACCAAGACCCUUCAUCGUGGGCUCCGAGACGAAGUUCGAAAACGCCGACACCUGGAGCGAGACACCUCUGAAAACAUUCACCACCUCUCCAAGCUUGUCCGAUACUUUGAGCACAGUAGAUGUUUUUCCAAUGUGAGCCAUAGUGCGGUCGAAGGAGCAUCAGGAAAUGAAGGAAAGGGGAAGAACCGGAUGAUAACAGACUUCUUGGACACUGACGAAAUCUUGGCUACUGAUUCUUCUGUAUUACCGGCUUUGAAUGAGUCUAGAAUUACUUUGAAAGAUUUUUUAUUGAGUCAAUAUUCUCCUUCGAACGGCACCGUACCCUUGUUAUCUGGCAGCAAGCCUGAAGAGCACAAUAGUGAACACGGAGGAAAUGACCAGGUGGGUUCUGGGUUAGUAGCCCAUCCAUGCCCCACAGCACCCUUUCUCUCCAUGUCGUCCUCAUACGGCCUGCGAAGUCGUACAAGUAUGCACUCCUUUCCCGAUAAACUGGAGGACGGUAAUGCUCCCCGCAACGAGACUUCCCAAUCGAAAGCGGAUUGCUUGAGAGGACCUCCCCCUGUGGGGGAUUCACGGAAUGCCUUUCACCGCCUGAUAUCGGAGGACCCCCCCUCACCCGGUCCCCAUCCCACCCUGCCGGAUGGGGUCUUUCCCUCCUUGCCGAUACUCCUCGAUGGGGCCAUGCGAAGCCCCCGUAAGGACCCCUCCAGCCCCACAGCGGCUACACUCUGUUCCGACCUCAGCAGCAGAGGCCUUCCACGGGUUGAGCCCGGGACGAUGGCACGGGGCGGACGGCGGAAUCCGGUUAUUGAGGUCCCCCCAUCCGUCCUGAAGGAGGACUCCAUGGGCGUUUCCUGGUUUGACCAUUCUGCCCCGCUGGGGUCGGAAGGAGGGCAGGGGCUCACGUCCGGCGCGCAAACAAGCGAGGGCGACCUGGACAGCGGUUGGAGGCUGAGGAAGGGGAGGGGGGCUUCAGGGACCCGGCGAGCCCCCCUCCGGGUUUCCCCUCCCUUGCCCUCAGAAAGCCGAAACCAGGGCGGUGCGAAGUCAAAGAAGGGGAAAUCGGGACACUAUCCAACCACGGGCAUCUCAAAGGGGAACGCUCGGAGCGUUUACGGGAUGUCGGUAUCCCCGCCCCAGGGGCCCACCUCCUGGCCGCGUUUGCGUUCUACAGACCCGUUGGGCUCCCUCUCUUCCUCGAAGUUGAAGGUCUCAACGGAAAGUGCCCCGGCGAGCAACUUCAACCCACUUUCUAUCACCUCAAACUUGAAUUGUGGUCCUCUGGAAGGGAGUGAACUUAUGUCUGGCAUCUGUCAUCAUGAGGUCUUGGCGCUGCAAAGUUCCUUGGAUUCAUUGGAUGGCAUCACAUCGCAUGUUAAGCGGAGGUUGCCCGCUUUUAUUUCGCCUGAUGACCAUAACACCCGCAAAUGCAUGGGCAAUGCGCGAUCUGGGGAAGAUUGCGAUUUCACUGCACACAUCAACUCAAAGGACGAGCUGAAGGGCAGGAAGGCUGUUAUUCCCUCUGCUCUUGUUCCCAACCAAGCGCUCCCAAUGCCACAGUUCACAUCGAUCUUAGGUCAUCCAUCGUCUGGAAACCCAAACACUGAAGACAUCAAAAAUUCAUUCUUAGAUGCUUCUACCGAUAACAUUGUCAUUUUCCCCAACAGUUUGGUAAAAUUGUCAAGGGAUGGUAAACCUAACGAAGCUACCAAGUUUAAGAAUCGAAGCACCCCGUCCUUCCCCUCAUCGAUACGCAUUACUCAGUUACCAAGUUCGAAGACAGGUGAGAUUUGA